AAGGGUGACGGGCGGGAAGGAGCGGCCGCCAUGAUGGAGGAGCCGCCGCCAUGAUGGAGGACGCGCAUGAGGCGCCGCGGCACCGCAUCGCCGCCGCCCAGCUGGCGCAGCACAUCGGGCGGCCCGUCUGCUUCGUGGGGCGGCUCCACAAGGUGCACCCCAGCGGGAAGCUUUUCGUGCUGGUGGACGGUGAGGGGAAGCAGGCGACCGUGGAGCUGAGCGAGCCCCUAGAUGAAGAGAUCUCAGGAGUUAUUGAAGUGGUGGGAAGGGUAACAAAUCAGGCAACCAUCAUGUGCAUGUCAUACGUCCAGUUCAGAGAAGAUAAAAGUCCAUUUGAUCUGGAACUCUACAAUGAAGCACUGAAAAUUAUUCACGAAUUCCCUGAAUACUUCCCAUUCGGUACCGGGAGGAGCAAUUGAUUCUUCUUAGCGUAUAUUUAGGGCUUCAGAGGGUGCAACAGUACCUUAGCUUUCCUCCCUGACAGCUUGGUAACAGUUGCAUCAGUUUCCACCAAAUAUACUAAGAUGCUGCUGUUGUAUGCCCCACCUGUGGCUAGUGAAAUUUACUUUCUCUGAAAUUGAAAAGGAAGAAGCAGAACAUUUCUGUAGCUGUCUCACUGUCUGUAUAUAUUUAACCCUUUUGCAUUCGUGAGGAAUGGUCUCUUGCAGGAUUUGACUUGCUAGAAAUUGAAGUUUUGUAGGCAUCUUUUUUUGUUGUUGUUUAUUGAGGUUCCAGGAUAUUUAACACAAAACUUGAAGACAUUCGGUGGGGUUUUAAUGUAAAAAUAUUUUUUUAAUUUCAUUUGCUUUGGUAUAAAUUUAUUAAACAUGGAGGGGGGGAGUUUUAUUUUGCAUCUUGAUAAUGGUCACUUCUACAAUAAAAAAGGUUUGACUAUGUUUAA